CAGUGCUCGACGACACCUAUAACAACACAAGCUGAGAAACUGAAGUUUUCCAACAAAGAUGUUGUUGAACGAGAAAAUAGCGAUUCUCACCCCAAAAGUCCUUCUCGUGCCAUACUCAGAACAUCACGUACCAACCUACCACGAAUGGAUGCAAGAUGAGGCCCUCCAAAAAGCCACCGCCUCCGACCCCCUCACCCUCCCCCAAGAACACGCCAUGCAACGCAGCUGGCGCCUCGACGCCGACAAACUCACCUUCAUCGCCUGCAUCGCCCCUCUUCAAAAACCCCAACACGUGACGCCGGCUCAACACGACGCCCCCGACCGCAUGCUCGGCGACGUGAACCUCUUCCUCUGCGACGCCGCCGACGACAACGACGACGAGGAAGCCGAAGACCCGAAAGCAGAGACGGCGGUAAAAGAACGCAGCAUCAUCGGCGAAAUCGAGAUCAUGAUAGCGCGGAAAGAGCUGCAGGGGAGUGGGUACGGGAAAGCGGUCUUGCUUGCGUUCUUGGCGUACAUCAUGUUGAACAUUCCUGCUAUCGUUGACGAGUACAGUAAGGGCCAGUUGCAAGGCAAUGAGAAGACGUCGAAGGGGGGAUGCAGAUUGAAGUAUCUUCGAGUGAAGGUAGAUGGGGAGAACGCACCGAGUAUACGGCUGUUCGAGAGUGUUGGAUUCAAGAAAAUUUCCGAGACGGUGAAUUACUUCGGGGAGUUGGAGUUGCGGUGGGAUUUUCAGGGGCGGGGUGUGCAAGAGAUCGAGGAGCUGAGGGGUGUGGAGAUGGAGUGUUUGGAGUAUGGUUCAUCGUAG